AUGGCUUCACGUAGCACCUACGCAGAGAGGAGACUGACUCGGACUAGCGACGAAGAAGACGCCUUGAAGCGAUCACGAGCCCGCGUUGCACGCGCCUGUACCCGCUGUCGAGCCCGCAAGGACCGAUGUGAUGGCCAGCCAGAAUGUUCAAACUGUCUCAAUGCCGGACAACCGUGUCUGUACGUGGCAGGGAGCAAGAAGAGAGGACUUCCAGAGGGAUAUGUCCGUGGCCUGGAGAAAUUAUGGGCUGUCAUGUUACAAAAGGUGCAGGGCCUAGAUGCUACAGUUCGGCUUGUGGUCAAUCAGAACGAGGACGAGCUGCUGCGAAUAUGGAACCACCAUAAGCUCGGGGAUGAUCUUCACACAGCGUGGAAGGAAUCAAACGUGCUUCCAGAGCUGGAAAAGCUCCUGUCUCGCCUCGAGCAUAGCCCUUCGAUCCACCAAAAGCGGAAGCGAGACUGCGAAGACGAUGCGGAGGCAGCGCAGUCUCUGAACGACACUCCAAGCGAUAGUGCUGUGUUCACACCGGAUUUCAAGGUCAUAGCCGUGUCAGAAAGUCACGAGGCUGCUGGUAAUCUCAAUGUAAACGCUCUUGGACCUAGCUUCGGAGAGUCUCUGUUUCAGAACCAUCCUAGCACUACCAAUUUGGAGGAAGUGCCACUUCCACCUUCAGCCUCACGUCUUUUGGAUCAGUACUUCACAUUCACCCACUGUUGGUUUCCCAUCUUGGAUAGGCCUUCUACGUUGCGGAAAUUCCACGAACACACUAGGCUUCAAAAACGACGUCCUCUGGACACUACUGACCUUUCUUACAUCUGGGCCAUUUGUGCCUAUUCUCACCAACAGACUCGGCAUCUUUGGACGAACCCUCAUGCAACACCUGGACCAAGCGUUGCUGAUAUGCGUUCUCUAGCGAGGAGGAUGAUACCUGCCGAGAGUGGACCUUUUUCGCUCGGUCACGUUCAGGCAUUGUUAUUACUGGUCCUCCUUGACAUGGGCCUCGGUGACUGGACGUCUGCCUGGAUGUUACUGGGCUCUGCCAUACGAGCUCUGCUUAUUUCUAUGGGACCAGAAGCAAUCCCGCUGAAGACUCCCGUGGCUCCAUAUUUUGACUCGACCUUUAAUAAACAGGGAAGCACAAUGGUGUCUGGAUCUGAAUCCGCUAGUUUGAGGGAGAAGACAUGGCAAGCAGUCCUACAAGGUUGUUUUGUCUUGGAUACCAUCAUUGCAAUCCGUCUAAAACGGCCGCCGCAUCUUCAGAGUGGCCAUUUGCGUCAUACUGGCCUCCUCGAAGAAGACGGACACGAAGAAUGGGAACCGUGGAAGGCUGCAACUGGUCAUGAUGGGGCUGAGUUUCGAGAACCAGCUUUCGUGAUGAGCUGCUUUAACCGGUUAACAGAGCUAUGUAUGAUUGCCAGUAGCGCGUUUUGCACCGAGACCUCCCAGAUGACCAGCGGAACACCAGCAACCCAGCACCACAUAUCACAACUGAACUUCCUGGGCGAGAGGUACCCUUUCGCGAUCUCGGACGUGGUGCAGCGUCCGCCCCAUCAAAUGCUCUUACAAGCAUGUUAUUUUGCAAUCCAAAUGAUUAACCGUCAACCGAAUAUUGGGGUCCCGCCGCGCCACGUGUGGAAAUUCCUCGAGAACCUGGAAUUAUUUGAACAUUUGUGGAAUCUUUUGGACAAAUGUGGCGUUCCAUCCAUGCUAAUACCACUUUGCUAUUUUACCGAUGCAGUAUCCGACACCUCUUCGCCGGUCGUUGCUGCUCAAGCUUUACUUCUGGAGCGGUCGACCAAGGUUCGGUCGAGGUUGGCCGCGGUCUGGCCGGGAGCGGAGUCUAUUGAUGAUGCUGAUACUCGGAUCUUGUCGCCAGGCCAUUCCAAUCCAGCUCCAGAGCUCCGAGCCAACAGUGACUUACAGACACAAACAAGGUAUACCAGUUUGCGGCCUGCUUCAAGCAGCCGCGGAGACCUUGGCGGAUUUGGAGCUGAUGAUAGGCAGCCGGUGGCCUUUCAUCAAUAUCAGAACAUUCCUCAGUAUGCAAGUGCAGUGGAGCAGUCCCAGCAGACUGGGUCGAUGUCUAUGGAUUAUAGUGCUAUGAGCGUUGACUUGCCUGAAGAGAAUAAUGAGGCUAGCCUUGGCCCCGAUCUGGUGACGAAAAAAGCCAACAUUUCGGGGUUGGCGACAUCUCCGAGCUUCAACGGAGACGAGAUUGACGCCUUAUUCCACGAAAUGGCUCAGCUGGAUACAACACAAUGGAGCAUGGACAGGACCCAGGGACUCAAGGACUUCGGGUUUGCGGAUGACACAACAUUCGAAGCCUUUUGCAAUGAUCCAGACCGCCUCAUGCUGUCGGAUGGGUACAUGGGUCCAGUUUUUAAUACUCAUCACAACAUUCUCGGUGUUCAAGCUGGAGUAUCGACCAGUGACAGUACUCGAAUUGGGAAGAUGACUUUUGAUGACAUUUUCCGAUGA